AGGACCGCCGAGCGCGAUUAUCCAGGAAUCAGCAGUUUCUAUUGUGUGUGUGAUUGAAAUAAACAAGAAUUUACGAGAUUCUUCUCGAUGAAAUGGUUUUGAAUAUAAAGCGCAGAUACUAUAAGGCGCUGACGCCGUUGGAUAGCACUUUCAUCAAGCAAACAAAUUAAGACACCCUCUCUUCCAUUGAGGUGAUCGGCGCAAUAGUCAUGAAUCCCUUGUAAAUGUUCCUGCCCCCAAACGGUUUCGGGAACGAGAAGGGUACCAUUUUCGAAAAAAGUCAAAUUGUGUUCAUCUAGGAACGCAUUGGUAGGAAAUUGUUGCCAAUUACACAACGACUCUCUAUAAAUUAUACCAAAACCUUUAUCAUGCAGGACUGGAUGAUGCAAAGUCUCAUUGACCAAGUUACAGAAACUACCCGUUUUAUUUUUAGUCAGCACGUAGUUUUUAUCGCAGCAUUUCCGUAUACAAGUUUUGGCAUAGCAAAUUGAAUAAUCAUCCUGCGAAAGUACCACUUUAGAGGUCACGGCCAUAACGAGAAAAACGAACCACAUUUUUUGAUCAGAAUUUAUGCCUAUUUUCCGAUAAAUGACAAAUAAACGCACUGGACUACUGGACUGGGGGCUUUUUGUUCGUUGUGGCAAAAUUAGAUGUUUAUAGAAUUGUACCGCAAAAUAGGAAGUGGAUAGAUAAUAGCGAACCGCGAAAUUAUGCUUUUUCUAUUUGUGUAAUGUCUUUGAGAGAAAUAUGUUUGGGGCAUACCUCCGCUAUUGAAAAGUUCAUCAAAAAAAUAAUAAUAAUGUAAUAGGUAGUUCCUGGGAUAGCUAAGUUCAUCAUAAAACCUGUCCAGUACUAAACAAUAAAUUAAUCGUUACAUUUAUCAGUCAUGGCACAAAGAGACGACAACAAACGAAAACAGUCAGUUUCAGAUUUGGAACUGAUCGAAUUUAAGCCUCCCAUCGACUUAAUUCCAGACGAGUUUGUUAGAAGCAGCAACGAAAAUGUUUUAGUCGAAUUGAUUUGUGCUGGUAACGAUUCAGAAGCGCACUUGCUUGGAGAUGUACUUAGUAAUUAUGGAUUUAGUGUGUCCAAAACGGACAGGGACAAGGAGAAAUUGGAUAUUAUUAGGCCUGAUGAAAAAUGGAUAAGCAACGUGCAAACGAAAAUUAAAGCCAAAGACUGCGAUGGAAUCAUAAUGAUUUUUGCAAAAGUGGCCUAUUCAAGUAGAGAUAUGAAGCUCAUAUGGAGUAAAUUUACGACGAAACACUGUCCAGAACUGAAGAAUAAACCAAAAAUAUUUAUUUUCCAGACUGUCAAAAUAGUUGACUCCGAUGUCGUGAUGGUCUUACCACAUGGGAGAACUGCGUAUGACACACCUGCGGAAGCUGACUUACUUAUCAUUUAUGAUAGGUAUGAUGAAGAUCGUGCGGAUCUGCUGGACCAAUUGAAAUACUCUAUCGAAAAUUAUGGCGAUCAAGAAGACUUAAUCACUCUAGCCAGCUUUGGUUAUGGAUACGACUAUCAGCCAUUGAUUAUUUCGACUAUGACGCGAAAGUUUUUCGUCAAAAUCCACAUUUAUAGAGGUCAUCAUUUGGAGUACUUUACCAAACACGAGUUAGUCAAGAGACAUAUUUCCAAAUUAAAGGAAUCUUCAGUGGAAAAACAUCCGGAGAAAAAUGAGACCAGUAGUAUUUUUAGGUCAAUAAAAAAGAAAUUUAGUUUCAGGAAAAAGAGAGAUGAUCAUAAAAGUGAAAGUAGCAGUAGAUCAUCAACGCUGAGUUAUAGAGAAAUUAUGAAAUCAGAUCAAAACAAUGUUAAAGAGAGUGCAACUGAAAUUGAAAACCAAACAACAAAUAUUGAACAAAAACAAGAAACUUUGAAAGCAGCAACACCAAUACUGAAAAGUCGCCCUCAAAAGCCAAGCACCAGUAAGGAAACCGAAAUAAGAAAAUCAAAAAGAGUUAGUACUGCUUCGAGUAAUUCUGGUGAUAGACCUGCAUGGAAACCUUAACAAUCCUAAAUUAUUAUUUCUCUCUAAUACGGCUGUGUACGAAUGUUGAAUAUUGUACAGAUGAAAUUAAAUAUCUACGUUUAAAUUACAUUGUAUAUUUUUAUUGUAUGCAACUUGUUAUUAGGCUUGUCAAAGAUCCAUUUGUCAUCAUGUAGAAUUCAGUCACCUGUGUCAGUCACUUAUCAAGUGAAAAGUUUCCAAAAUGUUGCUUAACAGCUCAUUGCUUAAUUCUUCAUCAAUAUUUGCAAACUGUUCCAUCCCAUAAUAUCUGCUAUUUUUUCAAAAUCAGCAAUUCUCCUAUAGUUUCUAUUGGAUUAUCAUCUUUUCUAAUAAAUUAUCUGAUAUUGUUUUCCAACGUCUCAAGAAAUUAAAGUAGUAGAGCCACUUUUUCCUGAUCUAAUUCUAGCUAACUGUUAUAUUUUGUCUUCUGUAUCAUCAUCUUCGUAGGCUCGUCUUUUUCAGCUUGGUCAUCUUGUGAUUCUUCAUUUCUUUCUUCGUGUUCAACAAACAUUUCCGCAUGCUAGACCAACUAAUUCGAAACGAACGGAUGCAAAUUACAUAUCUCCAAAACUCUAGAAGUUACGACACGCCAUAAAGCGGAGUCGCAGUGAUAAAUUAUAGACAGUAAUCGGAUAAUUAGUGAAACGCGAGUUGAUAGUUGAGACAGUGAGUUGCGAUUUAAUUUUGUGACAACUUGAGCUUGAUUGUAGUUAAAAGAAGUAUUGUAAUAGUGCUAAGUGUGGUCGUAAUUUUUGUGAUAUUUGUUUUGAAUAAAGAAAAUGCAAAUGAUCUAAUGGCAAUCCUCAGUGACAAUAUAGAGCUGUUUGGUAAUCGUGAAGACAUUGCAAGCUUGGUAAGCGUUGGAUUUAGAUUAACAUGUCCGCCACUUAUUUUAUCAACAAUGACAAGAAAAUUUUUCCUUACCCUUAACGGACCUAGAGGGUAUCACAAUGACCUGUUGGAAAGGCUGGAACAAACCAAAGAGCAUUUGGAAAAAAUGCAAAAAUCGAAAGCCCAAACAACACACAAUACAAAAUUCAAGUCUAGUAGAGGUAGUAGCUUUAGAAGCGUCUUUGAUUUUAUCAAAAACGUAGGCCAUACCGACAGUGACAAUUCCAAAGCUUCAGGAUCUGGCCAGAGAAAUACUAGCAUAAAAUCUAUCAAAUCUGAUGGCGCAAAGGUGUCCAAAUCAGAUUUGGCGCCUGGUAACAAGUCACAGGAACAAACCACAAACAAUAAAAAGGCAAUUCCUACAGUACAAAAGAAAGACAGCGUGCGUUCACAAGCAGGAGGCACUAGUAGACCUUUAAACACGUCUAGUACAAGCUUGGCGAGCAAUGGCUCUAAAAAAGCUACUAGUUCUACUAAUAAAAAACCAUGGAGGUAGAAAAUUAAGUAAAAGUAAGAUUUUAAUAAUAAAGAUAGAUUUUUGUAUACAAAACUUUGAAAUAUUUUUUUUUACUCUUUCAAAUAUACUCCAGUAUCAUUAGAAUGGUCCUUUCUUCUAUACCUACCUAUAUACCAGCUGUAACACUGAGAAAAGUCCCAGGAGAAAAUUCUUUGCUGGUUUUUUUUUAGCUGUUACAGUGGAAAAUGUUUUAGAGGUAGCAAUGUUAUUUUGCUUCUACAGAAAAGACCACUUUGCUGAAACUACUUUAUUGAAACUGCAAAGAUAUUUCUUAUUCCAAAACCAAACUUUGCUGUUAUAGCAAAAUUAAAAUUUUAUGAAAAUAUUUCUGCUUCUCCGAAAUAGAACUUUUCUAAGAUAGAUAGAUACUUUACUGUUGCAGCAAAAAAAAAUUCCUGUAAUUUUUGUUAUUGUUACAGUAAUGUUUUUUGCUACCCUAGCCAAAUAACUUAACUAAAAAUACCGUUCGGACAUUUCCGUGAUUUCUUCGGGUCCAAAAAUAACCGAUAAAAUAUGUUUCGUGUUCAUUUUCUUCCAUUUUAGUUUAGUAGCUA